GAUGUGGGAGGGGCGUGGAGGGCAGCAGGAGGCCCCCGUUAGCAGCAGCGACCAGAGCCGAGCUGAGCUGCGGGGAACUUCCGCUUUUCAGGGCCGAGUAGCGACCGAAACUUCACUGCCAAGAUGUCCGACGAGGAGCAAGAGCAGACCAUAGCUGAGGAUCUGGUGGUCACCAAGUACAAGAUGGGGGGUGACAUCGCCAACCAGGCUCUUCGUCUGGUCGUGGAAGCAGCAAAGCCCGGGGUGUCUGUUCUCAGCCUCUGUGAGAAGGGGGACGCAUACAUCAUGGCUGAGACCGGAAAGGUCUUCAAGAAGGAAAAGGAAAUGAAGAAAGGCAUUGCCUUUCCCACCAGCGUCUCAGUCAAUAACUGUGUUUGCCACUUCUCUCCCCUGAAGAGUGACCCUGACUACACACUUAAAGAUGGGGAUCUGGUCAAAAUAGAUCUAGGGGUUCAUGUCGACGGCUUCAUUGCCAAUGUUGCUCACAGCUUUGUUGUGGGAGCCAGUAAGGAGAACCCCAUCACAGGCCGCAAAGCUGAUGUAAUCAAAGCAGCCCAUCUGUGUGCAGAAGCAGCUCUUCGCCUUGUUAAACCUGGUAACCAGAACACUCAAGUGACAGAAGCCUGGAACAAGAUCGCUCAGUCGUUCAAAUGCUCACCUAUCGAGGGUAUGCUGUCUCAUCAGCUAAAGCAGCAUGUCAUAGAUGGAGAGAAGACCAUCAUCCAGAACCCAACAGACCAGCAAAGGAAGGACCAUGAGAAGGCAGAGUUUGAGGUACAUGAAGUCUACGCUGUGGACGUCUUGAUUAGCACUGGAGAAGGGAAGGCCCGAGAUGGAGGUCUGAGGACCACCAUUUAUAAGAGGGACCCCAGUAAGCAGUAUGGCUUGAAGAUGAAAACUUCCCGUACGUUCUUCAGCGAAGUUGAACGCCGCUUUGAUGCCAUGCCCUUCACUCUUAGGGCAUUUGAGGAUGAGGCCAAAGCCCGUCUGGGUGUAGUGGAGUGUGCCAAGCAUGAAUUGCUACAGCCCUUCAGUGUGCUGCAUGAGAAAGAAGGAGAGUUUGUAGCUCAGUUUAAGUUCACGGUGAUGCUGAUGGCCAACGGGCCUCACAGAAUCACCAACGGACCCUUCGAUCCAGAGCUCUACAAGUCAGAGCAUGAAGUUCAGGAUCCAGAGCUAAGGACUUUACUACAGAGCUCUGCAAGCCGUAAAACACAGAAGAAAAAGAAAAAGAAGGCCUCAAAGACGGCAGAAAAUGCAACUGGACAGUCAACUGAGGACACAGAAGCAGCAGGAUAAAUAAAUAAAUGAAUAAAAAAAUAAAUACUGCCUUUCCACACAUGCAAGACCCCACAGAGAAGCAAGAGAAGACAUGACAAAUUGCCCCAAACUCUCUGCCCUUAAAACCCCCUAGUAGUUGAUUUCAGAAAUCAGUUGGAUAUUUGUAGGAUCCUACAUGGAUGCUUAACCCUUUACUGCAUUGAAGAAAAGUACCAUGGAAGGAUUUUUGCUGUGUUUUUUAUUAACUUGAAUAGAAAAUACAGACUAUUUGCAAAUAGUUUUACAUCUUUGAAAAGUCUUGUUGCCAAAUGGUAAAUGUGCGACCAGUGCCUGUUUUUGUAACUUUAAAAAUCUUUUGGUCCUCUUCAUGCUUGUAUUAUUUGCAGCGGAAAAUGUCCUUUUCAGUAAAACUGAAACUUACAGUGGGCAUUAAUGGGAGUGAAUCAGUCCAUGUUUUGUACAUCCAUCUAUGAGUAAAGGGUCAGUAGAUA